AUGAAGAGGGAGUGAACAUGAUGGAAGACACGGUAGGGGAUGUGAACAUGGAUAUCUCUGACGGAGAUACCAGUGACAAUGUUAUAGAAGAAACAGAUCAAGAGUCCGAGGCUGAAGAAACAAAUGGAGAUGGUGGUGACAAUAAUGAAAUGCCAGUGGAGACCGGACAGGAAGAUGAGGGAUCAAAUGAUCAAAGUGGAAAGGGAGAUGCCAUACGACGAAUUCAAGGAAUUGGAAAGGUGUUAGAAGGUCGAUGCUUCCAGACAAAACGACAAAGAACCCAAAGCUUUUCUAAAAGGAGAAAGACGAUCAUCAACAGUGGAAUCAUGCUUCACAUCGAAACAAAUGCUAAUGUGAGCAUUGUCUUGGAGUCAGAAUCUGGGAGAAGACACGUCUUUGAAACUAAUCCCAAACAGAGGCAGCAACGAUCUUUUGCCGUGCAGGUUGGGGAGACCUCUGUACCACGACAUCCACCAAGGCUCCGCUCUAAGGUGAAUACUCCAACAAAGACACCCCGAAGACAAGGUUCCACUAGCCAACGAACAGUGACACCACCUGUGACACCACGCGUGCAUUCCCUGCCUGGGAAACAGAAAAAGUCGGUAAAAGCAGCUGCAAAAUCGCCAAACCAAAAUCGGUGCUAUGCGUGCGGAGUAAUAUAUGGAAGUCGCAAAGACUUAAAUGUCAAAAAACCAAAGGACUACAAGCCACUUGGCUUGGAUGUGACAAAGAAAAUUGCGACAAGUGGGCCCAUGCCACCUGUGUAGGCAAAAAAGUGAAGAGUAAGAAAGAUGCAGAAAAGAUUCCGCUCGUUUGCCCUAACCAUUAGAGCAAAGACCUUAAAACUACAUUACCUCAAAAGAACACACCAAAGUCUGAUUUCAUUUAGUUUAUCGUAGCAUUAUAGCUUUUCAUAUUCAUCUAUUAGUACAUGUGUAUUUGUAAAAAGAAGUUAUACCAUAACUUGCCUCAUAAACUCAGUAUGUUUUAAUGUCCUUUUCUUAGACUUACAUAUAUAUCUGUUAGUAUGUAUGUAUUUUUGUAUUCAUAAAAAAGGGUAACAUCUAUACUUGCCUAAUAAACUGUGGAGUGCUUUAUAAAGCUGUUCGAAAUACUGCAGUCAUGAAAGAGUCCUUUUACAGAUUUCUAAAGGAACUACACUGUACACACAAGAAGCUCGUGCAAAAAUGAGAUUGCUUUAAAAAAAAAGAUUCAUGAAAAAGGUUCCUCAAUCGUUCUUAAAGUCGCUAAGAACAGCUUUAUGAAACACUCCCAUUAGGAAAAAAAACUGCAUAACGGGUACUGUACUCAUCUUGUGCCUUAUAAAAAAGUACUAUGUAUAGCUACUUUCCUACAGUGGAUUCAUGGAGUAAGUUUAACAUGAAUAUUGCUGUUAUAAGUUGCAAGAUUGUUUUACAUUAUUUUUAUAACUUUAUACAUGUGCAAGCUUAUCAUUUUUGCUGAUAUCUUAUAUGGUAGUGUGUUUACAAGACUUAUGUUAUGCAUGUUUUGUGGAAAAGAUGUCCACAUUUAUAUUUACAUUCCUGUCUGUUGUUAAUAAAUAUGUUGACUCAUCUUUGAAAUUCACUUUCUUGAGUAGUUCAUUUUUUCUCUUACUGAUCGUAAAAUAUGGAAAUUGU